AUGCUCCCCCUGAUCCCCUGCCAAAGUGGAGACGGAGACUGGGGUUCGGGCUUUGACAUCCACUCCUCCAACCACAGCGCCCAGGCGGUGGGCGACGAGCCUGUGAGGAUGAAAAACAGCCAGGAAUGGGAAACAUCAAGUGUUUUUUCCCCGUUGGUCUUGAAUAUGCUGCACCCUGACCCCCAACCAGACAGAUGCUCCGUCCACUUCACAACCGACAAGGUUUUAUUGCGGAUGCUGAAAGCCCAAAAGGAAGAACUGGCCUAUUUGCAGGCCGUUCAGCGGGGGAACCAAGCGGUGGUGGAGAACUUGGUGCAGUUUUUGGGGUCAGAGGUGGGAGAGCAGAGUUACGAGGACGUGAUCAGAGAGAACGUCAUCGGCAUCCGGGAGGAGCAGAAGAAGUGUCAUGAGGUGGUGGGGAAAGCAGAGGAAGAUCUGGAGAAGCAGUUGGAGGGGGAUUCACUGAACUCACUUGUUGGGAUGAAUAAAAUCAAGGAAGAGUCCUCUGCUUUUGAUGAAAUGCUCGGAGCUGCUGCCGACAUUGCCACCAGACUGGAGAGGUCGUCGAAGUCCCUGCAGGACUCCUUCACCAAGCAGCUGAGAGACAUUGUGAAAAUCAAAAUCCUACGCUAGACAUGGGUCAAAAAGUUUGACCUUCAUUUCAGCCGCUUAACCAAAGGAAGCCAAACAUGUAGUAAAACAUGUAAAUAGGUGUGUAUACUGUACAGGCGUGUCAGAGUCAACAUCCCAUCUACUGCAAAAGUGUAG